AUGCAUUUUUCGACUCGGUCGUUCCACUGUUUCGUCCCUGCCGCCAGCUGCAUGGAGGAAAACGGGUACGAAGCCGCACCGGAUCAAAUUGCUUCGGAGCAUUUGGAGAAGAGUGAGCUGGAUCAACUAUUGAGUUGGAUACAAACUUAUGGCGACUCCGAGUCCGAUGAGCGCAAUGCCCCUCGAGGAGGUCUUGAUUCGGAGGCUGCUGAUGUAGUGCCGGACGAUAAUAUCGAUAUCAAAGAUGACUUCAUAGUGGAGGAUGAUGAAGAAUCGCUAAGGACAGCAAAGUGGAAUGUAAAAAUGACUUUACGUUCACAUCUUGAUUCAAUUAGAGCUAUGCAGUUCCACCCUGUUGAACCAGUGCUAAUCACCGCUGGAGAGGAUGGAACAGCAAAACUAUGGAAUCUUGAUGGGACCAAAGAGAAAUCGGGAGGUACGACUGAAAUAGAGCCGGUUUACACUUUCCGAGGACACCUAGGACCUGGGCGGAGAUUUUCUCGGAAAUCGUCGUUUGCAAAUCAAACCGUCGCAUUGUUGGAAGAUGUUCCAGUAUUAUCGAGGACUACGCUCAAUUCGCUACAUGAUAGUUUCGUUGAUAUGACGCGCAGCGACAUGAAGACCUGGCUCGAAAAGACCCACACUUGGAAAAAUCCGAAAGGAUUCAAAUGGCUUUGA